AUGCCGAAGCUGAAAGUUGGACAUACUGUCUCCGUUUUGGGGUUUAUCUCAUAUGUUCUUUGGGAAGAUGAUGGGAAGAUCCAAUGUUUUGAGGUUGAGGUUGAGCAGGUCAAUAAUAAAUAUCUUAGCAAAGACAGACACCGUUUUAACUUCUAUUUCCGGUGUCAAGCGUUUAGGCGGCGGUAUCUUCUGGGUUUUAUUGCCAAGUUGCCAACCGAAUUCGUCGUCGAGCGCACCCCAAGUUUUUGGAUCAUCUGUCUACUGACGCAUUUGUCGACGUGUCGGCAAUUUCACGCAACGGUAUUAGAUUUCGUUUUUCUAUCUACUACAAACCGAAACGACACGGGAGAAGACGAGCAAGACGAUGACAACAAGCACAAGAAGACUCAACACUCAAAUCCAAUGCGUAAAUGCCGCCGCAAGGACGCCGGAGUGCGGGCAAUGAGCGGAUACGCUACAGAGAGGCGGCAGUUCACAUGGAGAAGCUGGGAGAGGUUGACACGUCGCCGUUUAUACAUCGUAAAUGAAGCUGACUCCCAUCGCAACAUCAUUAGCGGCAGUGCUGCUCCCUUUCCGAGAUCUCAGAUGACGGUAGCCCCUGGUAUCAUCAUCUACAGCAUGCAUGGCCACGUCGUCAAGUUGGCCGAAGCUGAGAAAGCCAGCGCCGAGAAAGCAGGAGCAAAAGCUACCAUGUACCAGUUUGUCUCACUGUCUUAUGGUUUCUACCGAAGUGACUACGGUUCCAGUAGGGGCGGCAUUUUGGUAGGGGUGGGCGUCCCCUGGGUCUCCCCGCUUGGGGUUGACCCAGGACAAUCACCAAACUACUUCUUCAUCUUGCCGUCGACGCCUUCACCAUACCUGGGGGCCUUCUUGACGCCAGUGUUAGAAAAUAGGCACUAUCGGGAGUACUUCAGGUGGGCCAUGCCACUGUUCGUCAAAAUUCGUCUUCUUUUCAGGGAAGGAUUUUACAGUUCAUAA